AUGACGUUACCGAAAAAUUCUCAUGUCUUUAUUGCACCAGUAAUGUCGGUAAGAGAAUUUUGGCGAUAUUCAAUAGUUAGACGAUGUCCUAAUUUUUCCGAACACAUUCCCAAUAUAUUUACCAAUGUACUUGGUGUUAGUCAUGGCGGCAUGACAUGGAAAACCUAUAAGCGAUUAUCAGGAAAAGAUGCGGAACAAAAAGCUUGGCAUAGCAUAGCUAGCAAAGUUGCCAAAGCAGUUGCUGGAAAGGAAAUUGUUGCAAACCCUUUCUUGUCGUUCCUCGAUUCACCUUGCGAACCUGGAUUACUGAUCUUUCAUAUUGACCGAACAUUUAAAGAAUGGGUGACAAGAGAGUCAAUUCCAGCAAUAUCUUCGGAACUUAUCUGGGAUUUCUAUCCACGAUGGGCAGGUGCAGAACAAGUUAAACCGAUGGAAACAGAAACAUACGAUGAAGAUCCUAACUUCCGGUUUCAUUCUGAGAGUUCAUUAAAACCGCGGGGGAAUAAUGGAAAAGAAAAAAAGAUUGUUAUAGACGUGUUUGGAAAAACAGUAAAACAGUUGAAAGAUGUUCAAGAUCUGAAAAACAGAAUCAUCAACAUGGAACUAUUUGAAGAUUCUAUCUUUGACGAGGAAUUUGUAUAUGUAGUGGACAAAGUGUACUAUGUAGAUAAAUUUGAACUAAGAAUAUUAAUCGACGGCGAGGUAAAAACAUCAAGAUCAGAGACAAGCAGGUUUCCAGUCGGUUUCACAGUGAGGGAAGUCAGAAUAGGAUGGGACGAAUUUGAAACCAGAUGUAUAAAACGAGUGUCGAAAAAAUCGUUUAGAAAAAUGAGAGUGUCAUGGGUCCAGAGAUCAAGGUUUUGGUAUUACUUCAGACAAGGGAUUGCAAAUUGUGAAAAAUAUGGUAGUGCUGCAGGAGAUUAUCCAAGGAUUAGCUACAUACCCAAUGACAUACCAAACUUCGGAGUGAGAGAACGAGAUCAUGACGAGAUCGGAUAAGUUUUAUACAUAUCUCCUCUACGAAUUAUAUGUUUAGUGCUCUUUUUCUCGAGAACCUUCAUGGCGUUAUG